ACGGCAGCGGGACUUUAGAGCAUAAUAUAAUUGAUAGUAUACAUUCUUACUUUUAUAUGAAUUAUAUAGUUUAUCAUUAAAAGAGUCGCGUUUACUAUGAUUGUUAAGAAAUCUUCAAGAGGAAACGGUCGCAAUGUGACGCCAAUGAGAGCGGCCUCAUCCAUCAAUGUCAGAACAUGUGUGCCUAAAUUAAGUGGAAGUGCUCGGCGUGGUCGACAGCGGAGUAAAUUAAACGCGUUUGGAUGCAAUAAAGACAGACUUGUGAGGCCAGGUGGAAAGUAUCUGAAUGGUCGACCAUUGACUUCAGGAUCCAGGAGAGGUCAUUGUAAGGUGAUGAUGACUGCCAGUGCCUCCAAAGACUCAAGCCAGGACACCACAAGUAUGAUGAUGCCCUCUGGGGUUUCCAGCUUCUUGUUGGAUUGUUUGGAUGACGAUGAUGAUUCUCCAACCUUAAACAUGGAUUCCACGCUUUCGUCCAUUGAGGAGUUUCGCAGAGCUGAUCAUUUUGAUGAGGGGAUCACUGUUGUCGAUGGUAAUGGAAUGAUGAACAGUGUGAAAAACUCAACCCUUCUGGAUCUGAGUCAUGCGCAGGAUAUAGCGCUGCAUCAGCCUCCAAACCUCUCCUCCAUUCUCGAACUAUCAUUAGACACUGCUGAAGAUAAACCGAAGAAUUCAUUUUCUCUGUCACCUAUAAGCCUGUCCCCUUUAUAUGUGCCCUCUGAAACUUUGGCAUCAGAUAUUGAAUUAGGAUGUGUGUUAAAACCGGAUGAAAAGAGAACACCAGUGAAUGAAAGGGCUGUAGGUCCUGUUGUGAAAAAGCAGUGUUUUUCAGAAAAGGAAACCAAUAAACCAAUAAAAUGCAGAAAAGUGAUGUUCAGUGAUAUUGUGAGCAUUAGGAACAUAUCAAACCAUAGAUGCAAUAAAAUAGAGCACCAUCAUUGUGGAGUUCAACAGGACGAGCUGGUUAAACAAAAAGAAGGCAUCACAAGAGAAGAAUCACAAGAUAUUUCCCCAGGGCCGGCAAAAUUCUUUGACUUUGCAGAUGAAUGUGAAAGAGAAGCGUUUUUUCGGAGACUGAAACGAACAUGCUCAUUCCAGUUUCCUGCAAAAAUGAGAAUCUCCAUAUUAUCACCCCCAUCCGAGGAGAUUAAAACAAGGUUGGGAAAUGUCAUGGAAAUAUCAUUCUCUUACAAGUCUAAUGUGUAG